AUGUUUGACGCCAUUCGCAAGCGGCAUGAAGCGUUCCUGCUGCCGUAUAUCGACCAGCAAUCGCUCUCCGAGGACCCGAGACGAUUGCUCGCGCUGAUGUACCACCGCUCGCAAAACGAGGCAUCGGACUGGGUGUUGUCGGAUCUGCAGCACUUUCAGAUCAGCUUCAAGCAGGGCCGUCUCCUCACAGCCUACAACCCUCACUCUGUCAUUAUGUUCGGUGAGAGGCUAGGCGAGCUCGUGCAGUGGGAGAUACGUGCGAACCACCAUCAAGACCAGCUUGGAUAUCCCUGUGCUCUGCUGGUUCUCGAAGCCCAGUUCCGCCUGUCCGACAUCCUCCGCAAGAUGGUCGACUUUCUGCUUCAAAGACACAUCCAAAACGCACCGAAGCCUCCGGAAGGAAAUGAUCGAUGGGAAGCACUUGCCAAACCCGGUUUCCAGAGCGGGGAGAGUUAUAUCGGACGGUCAAGAUACUACGAGCAGCCCUUCUCUGCCCCUCCGAAAUUUGACGCUGAGCACAUUGCAAGGUCCUGUCGAACCAUGCGCCAAGAGGCAGAUGAUGAGCUGCUGUCUGUGCAGACUGACCCCCUCGCGCUGAGAGACGCCAUUAGCAAUUCGGGCAGUUUACCGAAGUUCUUCAAACCAGAGGACCUGCUCAACCCGAUGCCUUCGCAGCCACAUAUGUGUGAGCCUGUGGUGCGCGCCGUCUCACGAGUUCAAUCAACAUCGAGGUCGAUUCGCGAUGGCACGGCCUUGCCACUACAGUAUGGCGGGGAACUGAUGAGAGCCGAGGCAUCCUUGUGGGUCGUCUAUGACUCGCUUAGGGAAGAACUUCGCGUGUUGCUGAGGCAUUCGCCUGCGUUCGAGGGACACUACGAAGUGGUUUUCAAGGAGGACGACUGGUUCCAUACCGAUCGCAUCUUCUGGACCCUGGCGAAUCUGGCCCACGUAAUAGGAGCGAAAUCAUCCGACCUUCACCGACCUGCUGCAUUCUACUUUGACCAACUCGAUCGUCUCAUGACAAGCGGUAGCGACAAGAACAGGAAUCGCGUCGAAGAACGCUUAUACAACCAUAUUGCUGACAUGGCUGCUGUUGAUGAGCUUUUUUCGGCCAUCAAAUUUCACCGGUCGAGAAGGUGUUUGGCGGGCGUGGAAGCAGCAGGCAAGAUUUGCUCCAGCCUGCGCUCUGCACAGGUCACUCAAGUGGUGACUCGAGCACUCAGAAUGUGCAUCAACAGUGCUGAGGCAGCAAAUGCUUUCGCAAAGUUUGUACAGCUGCCAUUGCCACCGGAUCGUGCUAGUGAGACGACAGUGCCACGGAUGAGGGCAUUGCACAAGAACUUGGAGGCUUACUGGUCCGCAAUGAGCACUUACAUGAGGAAGAACCUCCAUCCCUUGCCGGACCCUUCUGAUGCACGUCUAGAGUUCGUGGAGAGAGCUAUGCUGGCCUAUCCUGUGAAGGAUUUCGCGACACCGCGCACAGCAUAUGACCGACGGCGAAAGGUGACUGAACCCGACGCUGUACCCAAGACUGCCCUUAUGCCAGAGACGCCGUCCUUGAAGCGUUCAGCCACUGCACCUCCGCCCGACGCUCCGCGAUCCCCACCGUCUCCAAAACAGCCAAAGGUUAAGACCCGACCUGCAGCUGAAGACGAGCCUGUGCCUGCGGCAGAACCUGAGGCAGAACCCGAGGAAGAUGCAGAGGAGAACGCAGGCAGCAAAAUUGCCGUGAGCUCCACGAGCCUGGCCUUGUUUGCACGGAUGUUCUCGCGUUUUGACCGAGCCGGCGGACGGGUCAGAUGGAACGACUUCGUCGCUGCUCUGACGGAUGAGGGAUGCCGUGCAGAACCAAGACAUGGAUAUAUAGUCGCCUUCUCCAAUGGCCGGGCAUCAGUCAACUUCCACAAACCACAUCCCGAUCCGACGAUACGACCGUCGCUACUCCGGCAGUACGGAGAGCGGUUGCAAAAGUGGUUUGAAUGGGAUGAGGAGAUGUUUGUAGAGAGAGGCAGGGGGCAGUAA